CGCAAUUGAUCGCAACGAGCGACACAUAGCAUCGCCCCAGCCACAAUGCCACCCGCGCCGGCGACGGCUACGGCGGCGGCGGCGGCGCUGCACCUGGAGCCCUUCCUCCCACGCCUGACCACACUCUCACACCACAAGCAGUUCCACGCGCAGCUCAUCACCUCGGCCCGCCUCUACUUCGAGCCCUCCCUCCGAGCCCGCUUCCUCGACCGCCUCGCGCUCUCCGCGCACGCCGCCGCGCUGCCGCACGCCCUCCUCCUCCUCCGCUCCCUCCCGUCCACCGCCACCAACGACCUCAACGCCGCCCUCCGGGGCCUCGCCGCUUCCCCGCACCCCGCGCGCUCCCUGCUCCUCCUCGCCGGCCGCCUCCUCCCCUCGCCGUCCCCGCCGCGGCCCCGCCUCGACGCGCUCUCCCUCUCCUUCGCGCUGAAGGCCUCCGCCCGGUGCUCCGACGGGCCCGCCACCAUACAGCUCCACGCGCUCGUCCUCCGCCUCGGCUGCACGGCCGACGUCCGGCUGAUCACCACGCUGCUCGACUCGUACGCGAAAUGCGACGACCUCGCGUCCGCGCGGAAGGUGUUCGAUGAAAUGACCGUGCGCGACGUGGCCUCGUGGAAUGCGCUGCUUGCUGGGCUGGCUCAGGGGACUGAGCCUACCCUGGCCCUGAAGCUGUUCCACAGGCUGGUAGGGAGCUUCCGGGAGUUGCCACCAAGGGAGGCACCCAAUGAGGUGACCAUGGUUGCCGCGCUUUCUGCGUGUGCACAGAUUGGCUCGUUACAGGACGGGUUGAAUGUGCAUGAGUUUGUUCGCAAAAUGGGCGUCAGCAGCAAUGUUCGUGUUUGCAAUGCACUUAUUGACAUGUACUCCAAGUGCGGUUCAUUGGCCCGGGCGCUGGAAGUGUUCCACUCCAUCAAACGAGAAGACCGGACACUUGUGUCAUACAAUACUGCGAUACAAGCAAUUUCCAUGCAUGGGCAUGGGGGUGAUGCACUCAAGUUGUUUGAUGAAAUGCCGACAUGUAUUGAGCCGGACGAAGUGACCUACAUCGCUGUGUUGUGCGGAUGCAACCAUGCUGGGCUCGUGGAUGAUGGCCUCAGGGUUUUUCAUGGCAUGAGGGUUCCUCCCAAUGUAAAGCACUACGGCACUGUUGUGGACCUUCUUGGCCGCGCAGGCCGUCUUGCCGAGGCAUAUGAUACCAUUAAGUCCAUGCCGUUUCCUGCAGAUAUUGUCCUCUGGCAGACAUUGCUGGGUGCGUCCAAGACGCAUGGUGAUGUUGAGCUCGCGGAGUUAGCUGCUACAAAGCUUGCCGAGCUUGGUUCAAAUGUUGAUGGUGACUAUGUGCUCCUCUCUAAUGUAUAUGCGUCCAAGGCACGGUGGGCAGAUGUUGGUCGAGUCCGUGAUACCAUGCGCAGCAAUGAUGUGCGGAAAGUACCUGGCUUCAGCUACACAGAGAUAAGUGGUGUAAUGCAUAAGUUCAUUAAUGGUGAUAAAGAGCACCCAAGGUUGCAGGAGAUUUACAGAGCGCUAGAGGAAAUUGUGUCAAAAAUAGGUGAGCUGGGAUAUGAGCCGGAAACAAGCAAUGUGCUUCAUGACAUCGGGGAGGAGGAGAAGCAGUAUGCAUUGUCCUAUCAUAGCGAAAAACUGGCCAUUGCAUUUGGGUUGAUUGCCACGCCACCUGGGGAGACCCUGCGGGUGAUAAAAAAUCUCCGAAUCUGUGGGGACUGCCAUGUAGUGGCAAAGCUCAUAUCUAAAGCCUAUGGCCGAGUGAUUAUCAUCCGGGAUAGAGCAAGAUUCCAUCGGUUUGAAGAUGGGCAGUGCUCUUGCAGCGAUUACUGGUAAAACACUGGUGUGUUCGGUGAUUUACAGGGGCUGAUGGAUUUGAUAAUGAGCCACUGACUUCACAGGAUCAACAGACUACAGGUUUGGUGGGAGUUCAUACAAACCCAGCUUACUAGUGUGGCUUCAUAUGAUUCAACUUUCAUUUGAGAAGAAUCUUGCAAGUGAACUCAACCCCACAAGCUUGAGCUUUACUCUGUGUUUGUGUUACUACAUGAGUGUUCACAAUUCAUCAAAGUGUAUGUUCACUGAGAGGCCAUCAGAUAUUACACCUACAAGAUGUAAACAGAUAAUAGCUUUGCACUAGCGUUAUUCUAGUGUGUUAUUAGAGAUUGCAACCAGGUGUGUGUGGGAUAGGGCUCAUGAUAUUUUUCCGUUCUGGGAGUCCAGAGAAAUUUUCGUAUUUGCGGAAAAUAUUUUCCUUUACAUUGCUUUCUAGUUCCUCCCAACAGUCUUACAGUGCCAUAUUAUACUCAUGGUUCUUAU